AGUAAAAUAAUUAAUAUAUAUAGUUAUAGUUAAUUACAAUGACAGAACGUGUGUAAGUUGAGGCACCGCGAAUUUUUACCGAGCGCGACCGGCAGAGAAAAUUAAUUGAGGUUAGAAGCACCGUGAGCGCCUGGAAACAAUGCGAGCGGGAGAGGGUUAAUUAUGAUUUGACACGUUUAAGUUAGCUUAAGCUGUUUAUUGAUUUUCCAAUCAAAAUGUGACUGUUCAGAGGUGAACCUUGGCUUAAUUUUUGGUUUUCUUAUACAAUUGUGAAUUUUUUUAGCAAACUUUAUCUGGCUGUUUAUUGUUAUUUUAAUAAAAAUAUGACUUUUUUUAGGUUAGCUUAAGUUAGCUGUUGUGGCUUUACCAAUAUAAAUGUGACUCUUUAGAGAAACUUGGGUUAGUUGUUUAUCAUGAUUGUAAUCAAAGUGUGCCUGUUAAGUGAGCUGUGGCUAACUCUUUAUUUUUUUUAAAUACAAAUUUGACUCAUUUUAGGUUAGCUCAAGCUACUGUUGUUUAAUAGGUUUUUAAAUAAAAGUUUAACUCAUUUUAGGUUAGCUCAAGCUACUGUUGUUCAAUAGGUUUUCAAAUAAAAAUUUGACUCAUUUUAGAUUAGUUCAUUUAAUUGGUUUUCAAAUAAAAAUUGGCUGUUUUUAGGGAAGCUUUAACUAGCAGUGUAUUGUUAUUCUAAUACAAAUUUGACUUGUGAUAAAUUGGCCUAAGCUAGCAGUUUGUAGGUUUUCAAUUAAUACAUGUCUUUUUAGGCAAAAGUUGGCUAUUUUAAACUGGUUUUCUUAUAAAGUUUUGACUUUUUUUAGGUGAGCUUUUGGCUUGGUGCCAUGUUAAGAUAGUUUGGGCAGUUUUCAGGUAAGAUUUGGCUUUUUAUUUCUUUUAUGGUAAAACUUUUGGACAGGAUUAAGUCAUGAAUCUGUCCUUCUCUGGAGGGUUCACUUCUGGCCGGUUUAUACCUUCCAGGUGAACCCACAGUGGGUGCAGCAAAAAGUGAUGUGCCACUUAAAUCAGGGCAACCUUAUGGUUCAGAAGCAGCACAUCACUAACCGCAAAUGUCAAGAUUCUGGGGUGCAAGGGUAGAUCGAUAGGUCUAGUCUACUGCGGAAGAUGACUGUUGGAGUUGGUGGAGCUCCCUAAGAGUCAAAGGUUCUUGCUAGCCUAGACUUAAGGGCGUGUCACCCACUGCCUUGUUUUGACUGGAUAGGCUGGCUCAGAGUUGGCUUCCACUUCUUCUCCCAAGGAGACCAGACUGAGAUUAAUACCCUAAAUUCUUCCUCAUGGAUCUUGACAGGAGGCAGUCCCUACCCCCAACCUUAUCCAUCCAGAAUAUCCUGUCACUCCUGAAGCAGCGCAAAGAUCCUUUAGGGAUUAAGUGCAAUUUCUAAGCUUCUUGUCCUAAGAGAACAAAAAUAAAUUUAAGGUAAUUUGGAUAGUUUUCAGAUAAGCUGUGGUUGUUUACUUCUAUUAUGGUAAAAACUUUAAACAAGAAUUUUAUAGGUAAGGUUAGCUUAAUUUCUUUUUUUUAAUAGUGUUAUAGAGUCCAUGCAAAUAAACACUAAAUGAUUCAAAUGGAUUAUGUUAAUUUAUAUAAUGUAUUAAUGUAUGUACUACACAAUUUUUGUAACCAUAUUCAUUGCAAAGUCAUAAACUUCUCAAGGGAACCUUUGCAUUAAAAAAAUGUUUAAACCAAUUAAGUAAUUUUUACCUAAAACGUCACGUUUUAUACAUCUAAUGAUUGGGAAAUAUAAAGUAUUAAAAUGCAUAUUUCAACUUUUAUUUUAUAUCAAUUUGUUCAUAAAGAAACCGUCCAUUGUCUUUGACACAUAACAAAUCAUAGUGCAAAUAUUAAAUUAAUGUCAACAAAGGGCAUACUGCAGACAGAGUCAGUUGUUUUGAGACUUACAUUUAUUGUGAGUUUGUUUAUGUUUGAGUGAUUUGCUGUCUGUAUUUAGUAAUUUAUGCUUUGCCUUAUUAUUAUGAAUCACUCAGACUUCAUUUUUGAGUGAAAUACGUUAAGAUGUUGAAUAAUAUUAACCCUUUUACUGCCAGGCCGCAAGCCACACUUGGUGCGUCGACCGCCAACAAUAUCUGUACGAGUAGCUGCGUCGACCGCCAGGCCUUUGCCCGGGUGCGCUACUCCGUCACGGCAUUUUGCUCAGUUUUACGCAUGUUUACAUUAUCACUUAUAUUUUCGUUAAUUACAAAGAUAGAACGAUGUUGUUGGUAUCGUUUUCUUUAUUUUUAAAUGCGCUAACUUUCUAUGUAUAGAUGUUGGCUGUAAUAAAUUUUUAAAUACUGAAUUUUUUAAAUUUAUUUUUAUUUAUUUUUUUAAUACAAAAAAAUAUUAAAUUUGAAGUGUUAUAAGUACCAAAGUUUAUUCUUUUUACCACAAAAUCUUUAUAUAGUACUAUUAUACAUUUAACUUAGAAGAACUUCAGGAAGUUUCAAAAAAUAAUUCGACCUUGAAAUAUUUAUUAGCCUCUUUAUUGUACAGGUUCAAAACAAAAAUUUUGAAAAAAUCACUAUAUAACUUCAUAAAAAUAAUAUAAAGAUAAUAAAUCAAUAUUAUUAAGAAAGCUCAAAUUGUCCAGAAUGCAUUAAAAUGAACUAAAUCAAAAUCAGUGGAAACAUCAUUAUGUAAUUAGCGAAAGAGUAGAGAGCCUAUAUAUUAUAGGCUCAUGGCGGUUUGCCGCUGACCAUGGCAAAGCCUAUAUAUAGGCUCUUGGCGGUUUACCACCACCCAUGACAAAGCCUAAAUAUAGGAUCUUGGCGGUUUACCACUACUCAUGGCAAAGCCUAUAUAUAGGCUCUUGGCGGUAAAAGGGUUAACAAAAUUGUGAGUGAAUUUACAAUUGUUAACGACAAUAGUGAAAGUGAUACUAGUCUAAAUAGAUUGGUUGAUAUUAUUUAAAUAUAUUUUAGCUGUGUUUUGUGUGAUCUUGAGUAAUUUUUGUUUGAGAAGUUGAACAUUUCAAAAGUUGCAAGCUUUGUUGAACACAUGAAAGAGUGAUGUUUUCAAAAAGUUAGUGAAAGUAAAAGAAAUUUUUUUACGCAACUCUGAAAUGUUAUCUACUUUAAGCAAAAUAAACAUGUUUUUCAAUAAAAUGCAAGAUUUUGAGUGUAAAAAUUGAAAAACACCUCUAAAAUAGUUCAUUAAAACAGUUUUGGUGAGACAUCAUUUACAGUUCCUCUGUAGUGUACUGGAUUUAAGCAUCAGUGUAAGGAUGAGCAUUAUCAUAAAGGAGGAUUAUGUUAAACAAUAUUUUCUCGAAUCGUUGAUUCUGAGUUGCACAUUUCAGUUUGAUGUCAUACAUUAGCUGUAAUUCUUUACCUACAUACAUGAAAUAAACCAAAAUUAUUCCAUUUUUGUCCUAAAGAUUAUAAAAAUUUAUUUUUUCCGUUGCACAUCUGUGCAGCCAUUGUGGUUUCAUCACAAAUAUCAAAUCUUUCUUUUAUCAAUACUGUAAGUCCAUACAACUUAUGAUGGCUGAAGGCUAAAGACCCUUUUGCGCACAAAAGUCAAUCACAGCAUGCGCUUUAUAACAGACACAAAGUAAUUUACAGGUACAAAAUUUAUAAUUUUAUUUACAUAUUUAAUUUAUUCAAGGUUAACUAUGAGUUUUUAUAAGGUGUAAAUUAAACAUUUUUGAAAACCUUUAGCAUUGGAAGUGAUUACUAUCUGAUGCAUGUGCAUGCUCCUCGAUGGGUAGACUUGGUCAUGCUUCUCAAGGCUCACAACAACUAGUCUACUCCAAAAUUCCAUCUACCAGUAAGUUCCUGUAAACCGGAGCUAUCAGCAACCCAGGAUGAAGAAACCGGAUUGUUUUGCCUGAUGGAAGAGCAAUCCGGAUAUCCGAAAGUUGGUUAUGACAAUGUUCUGCAUAUAGGAAACUAUAUGAAAAGAAAGUAACUGAAAAGUUAUAAUGUUGCCAGCUUAAUAUUUCUUAUUUUCUCUAUAAUUUUUUCUUUUAUAUAAGUUCUGUUUUAUUACAAUCAAUUUUAAAGUUAUGUUAUUCUUUAUUUUUCCUGUAAUUAACUGUGAUACAAUUAAUUUUUUGUUGUUGUUUAAAUUUCAAUGGAGUGCAAAUCAUUUCAUUUUAAUUUAAUACUGUAGUAUAUAUUUACUUAGGAAAGAGGAAACUAUUUAUUUGAAACAAAAUUAAAGAAUCUCUCCGACAAAGACGGAGAGUGUAACAUGUUAAAAUUGAAGUAUUUUAAUGGUUACAAAAUGUAUAAUUUCAUUUAUUCAAGGUAGAUUUUGGGAUUUUAUAAGAGGUAAAUUAAGUAUCAUUUGAAGCGGGUUAUUAGCCGACGCAUGCGCAUGGCAGACUUGUUGCAUGCUCCUCAAGGCUCAUGGAUAGGGGGAAUAGAGGAAUCUCACAGCGUAGACAGUGGACUGGAUCUGCAUGUGCUUGUACAGUAGGAUUCUCGCGGCUCUGCCCGGGCUGAGGUAAGGUGGGCAGUUAUUGCUGAUACCAACAACAGUUAUUAACGUACUACUCGUAGCAUUCACCAAUCUGACUACUACUCGUUCCUUUCUCACCUGUCAAGAGGUAAGGAUGCUGAUUCCGAUUGCUACUUAUAUUAGCAUUAUAAUUUUCUAUAUUGCGUUUUAAAGCUAAAGACUAAAGAGAGAAUUAUCUUUAAAAUUCCACUUUGAACUAUAAUCAAGCAGCAACAUCCGUUGCUGCUCAUACCUGCACGUUUGUGCUCAAAGCCUUUUUACAUCUAUAUUACGAUUGUAAAAUGAACAUCAAUCUUAAGUGCUUUCUAACUUAGUUAGUGCUUGGCAUGAUUUGAAACUUUCAUAUUGAUAAUUAUUACAUUGUUGUUCAAAUUUAAACUUAAGCAUGUCACAGUAUACUUUGUUUCCUGCCCAAGCCAGUCUAACAAACUGUUUAUUCUUAUUAUAAAAGCGUGUCUAAUUUAUUUUAUGUUUAAGAGUGGUAAUUUUUGUUACGUUUUGUGCGUCUGGUAGGACUGUCCUUCCAUGCAUCUGUGCCUCCCCCCUUAUACGAAUACUAAUGGAUGUUAUUUUAGGAAUAUGCCUCAUACAUACGUAACUUAAAAAGACAUAAUACUUCACUUUGGGAACUUUCUAAAAACUGACUUGCCGUACGUUUACAAGUGGAUGGCCCUGGGUUUUAAGAAGGUUUCUUUUAUAUACAGGAACAAAAUGGGAAAAUCCUUUCUAUAGAUGCGUUAUUAGUCAAAAAGUUAAGCAGAGAAAAUUCUUUUUCCAGAAGUUUAUGAAUAAAGAGUAUUUUAUUAGUGUCUUGUUAACAGAAACCAACCAAUUUCUAGAACCAGAGCUUAGUUUGUCUGUGACAAGUAUAUUUUAUGAAGUUGCCUCCAUUACUACUUAAGCUAAAUGUUUAAGUAGUCAAUAGCCACAUAAAAAACGAAGUUUGUUUGUUACCAUUUCUGUUUAAUUUCUUUUUGCAUGUGAUUGUAAAUUGUCCACAUCUUGUUUCAUCGUUUAGGACCGCAUGGGCCUGCUCAAGCUCAAGUGUUUCCAAGAGGUAUUGGUGAUGCAAGCAAAUAUAUGGGAUCAUAUAGGCCUGCUCGUGCUCAAGAGGUGUCCAGAGGUGAUGGUGGUACGGGAGUCAUGUCGUACAUAUCUAGUGUCUGGGGCUGUGUGUGUGAAACAGUGUCGUCACCGUGGCAAUGGGCGACGGGACGAAAGAGCAGACCACCAACUCCUAAAAAUAGUCGAGCUGCCAAACCACCAACUCCUAAAAAUAGUCGAGCUGCCAAACCACCAACUCCUAAAAAUAGUCGAGCUGCCAAACCACCAACUCCUAAAAAUAGUCGAGCUGCCAAACCACCUGAAAUUCCUCAACCUCGUCCUGCUAGUAUCCCUAAACCUCCUCCAGCUGCUCCAAAGAAUCCCGACAUAGAAUUUGAAAUCCCUACUCAUUUUGGAUAUCCAGGUUUCUUCCUUUACUAAUUUUUAUUUUUCACCCUCCAAGUGCUAUGCUUGUAAGAGUGUAAUGCUGAGCUUAUUUUGGGGUUAAGCUUAUUUGAAAUUCGAUAAACAUUAUGCAAUUCAAACUUAUGACUACAUGAUUCAACUUAUUCCAUGUGUACGUUUUCAGAAUACGUAUUCUGGAAGAAAAUGUUUAGCACUUACGUAUCAUUGAAAAAUUAGCGAAGAUAUAACAAUAUUAAUUUUUAAUAUUUUGUACUUCAGUGUUAGCAUUAAGGUUUAUUGAUAACAUAUUUAAAAUUUUGUUACGAAAGCAUUACAAAAGUUGGUACAGAUAUUCAGCGAAUUGUACAUAUAUGUAACACAUAAACACAGUUAAUAAAAAUAAAAAAACAACUAAUGUUAACGGUGAACACUUUAUAAAGCAUAGAUUCAGCAAUAUAUCAGAAAGGUAAUUGCAAAUCUAGAAAUCUAUUUUUGUUAAUAUUUACAAACAGUGCAAAAAUACAAGAUUUCUUAAGGCAUAAAUAAUUAUCUAAUCUUGAAUAUGGAAAUUAUGAAUAAAGAAAUUAAAUCUCUGUUUAAAACUGUGAGAUAGAUAAUAAUUAACAAUUCAGUUCACUUUUGUAUACAAUAUGAUAAAUAAGAAUUAACAAUUCAGUUCACUUUUUUAUAGGAUAUGAUAAAUAAG